GUGGCAGGCUGGCCAGCGCUUGAGGCGUCGGCGCGCAGCGCGGGGCCGCGGGAGCCCGGCCCCACCCCCGCCCACCGGGCAUGAGCCGGGCGGCGGCUGCCGGGGUCCGCCCGCGCUAGGGAGGAUGCCGUUGGCGGCGGCCACCCCGGGAGCCCUGCCGCAGGAGCGCCUCGGCCUCUCGGCGGCCAUCAGCCUGGCCGCCCCCAGGGACGCCGACCGCGAACUCACCCAGAGGCUGAUCGAGACCCUGCAGCCUUUCGGGGUGUUCGAAGAGGAAGAGGAGCUACAGCGCAGGACAUUAAUUUUGGAAAAGUUAAACAACCUGGUUAAGGAAUGGAUUCGAGAAAUCAGCCAAAGCAAGAAUCUUCCCCAAGCUGUCGUUGAAAAUGUUGGGGGAAAACUUUUCACGUUCGGCUCUUACAGACUAGGAGUCCACACGAAAGGGGCCGAUAUAGAUGCGCUGUGUGUUGCCCCGAGACAUGUUGAUCGGAGCGACUUUUUCACCUCGUUCUAUGAGAAACUGAAACUACAAGAAGAAGUCAAAGAUUUAAGGGCUGUUGAGGAGGCAUUUGUACCAGUUAUCAAACUCUGCUUUGCUGGGAUAGAGAUUGAUAUUUUAUUUGCAAGGUUAGCAUUGCAGACUAUUCCAGAAGAUUUGGACCUAAGAGAUGACAGUUUGCUUAAAAAUUUAGAUAUUAGAUGUAUAAGAAGCCUUAACGGUUGCCGGGUAACUGAUGAAAUUUUACAUUUGGUACCAAACAUUGACAACUUCAGGUUAACUCUGAGAGCCAUCAAAUUGUGGGCCAAAUGCCACAAUAUUUAUUCUAAUAUAUUAGGUUUCCUCGGAGGUGUUUCCUGGGCUAUGCUAGUAGCAAGAACUUGCCAGCUUUAUCCAAAUGCAGUAGCAUCAACUCUUGUACGUAAAUUUUUCUUGGUGUUUUCUGAAUGGGAAUGGCCAAAUCCAGUGUUACUGAAAGAGCCUGAAGAACGGACUCUUAAUUUGCCUGUGUGGGACCCCAGGGUAAAUCCCAGCGAUCGAUACCAUCUUAUGCCUAUAAUUACACCGGCAUACCCACAGCAGAAUUCCACAUAUAAUGUGUCUGUUUCAACCAGGAUGGUAAUGAUUGAGGAGUUUAAGCAAGGGCUUGCCAUCACGCAUGAAAUUUUGCUGAAUAAAGCAGAGUGGUCCAAAUUGUUUGAAGCGCCAAGCUUCUUUAAAAAGUACAAGCAUUAUAUUGUACUUUUAGCGAGUGCACCAACAGAAAAACAACAUCUAGAAUGGGUGGGCUUGGUGGAAUCAAAGAUCCGAAUCUUGGUUGGGAGCUUGGAGAAAAAUGAAUUUAUUACACUGGCACAUGUGAAUCCCCAGUCAUUUCCAGCACCCAAAGAAAAUCCUGACAAGGAAGAAUUUAGCACAAUGUGGGUGAUUGGGUUAGUGUUAAAAAAGCCGGAAAACUCCGAAAUUCUCAAUCUUGAUCUCACCUAUGAUAUUCAGUCUUUUACAGAUACAGUUUAUAGGCAAGCAAUACAUAGUAAGAUGUUUGAGGUGGACAUGAAAAUUGCUGCAAUGCAUUUAAGAAAAAAGGAACUUCAUCAACUACUUCCUGAUCAUGUUCUUCAGAAAAAGAAAACACACUCAGCAGAAGAUGUAAGAUUGACAGCUGUGGAUGACAGCAGUCUCUGUUUGUCUGUAGACAGUGAAAAUGUCUUAUCAGUGACUUCACCUACUGGCCCUCAGGACAGAAACAGCCCUGCCCUGGCUGUAAUGGCAGCAUCUGUGACCAAUAUGCAAGCUCCUGAAGUUUCUUUGCAACAAAUGAAUCCCAGUGAAAGCUCAGGGGUUGCACUGAGUGAAAACAUCCCUCAAAUUCCUUCACAGCCUACGAUUUCUCCACCACCAAAGCCCACAGUCACCAGAGUUGUUCCUUCAACACAUCUGGUAAACCAUCCUCCUGACCUUCAGGAAAUGCAACAACAAACAUACCUAAUCCUAUAGUAGGGGUCUAGAGGACAUCUCACCUGAUAAAGAAGAAAGUGCCAAGAAAACCAAAGCUGAAAAGGGAACAAGCAGACAGAUAAGCACAGCUCAGUUAGAAAUUGUUUAGACAGCAGCUUUUCUGCUGGCUUCCCAGGAAACAUCCAGCACAGAUAGACCCAGGAUCCCUGUUCUCCCUGCAGAUUCUAUUCUUGCUACCAAGAAUUCAGUGAAACAGAUUGAAUGAAUAGAAACAACCCCCAAAGGCCCACAAACAAUAUCUGCCAACUCAGCCUGUUGUUUUUGGAUGCUGUAGAGGGAGUGUGAGGAUACCACACUAGAUAAAGACUCAAAAUAGAUUUAUGUUCAUUUAGUAACUUCCUUUACUGGCCAGAUCUUGACCAGAAGUCCAGAUUAAUGUAUAAAGCUACAAGUACUAUUAUUAAUGCCUCAGAUUAUUAAUGUGUCAGCAACAGUCACAUUAACUAUUUCAAAGGACUACUCUUGUAAAAAAAAAAAAAAAAAACUCUUUAGCUAUAUUUAUGGCCAUGACUGACAUCUGGACUGAAUUUAUGUUUGAUGAAUUGUUGGGAAAAUUUACAAUACAAACUAGUAUCAGAAUUCCUUAUACUAAUGAUGUACUUUUAUGUAUUUUUAAAGUUAGGAACUAGAACUAAUUUUGGACUUUAACUUGGUGAAUUUUAGUUUAGUUUUUUUUCCCCUGGAGUGGUUUCUUCACUAUUAAAAUUAGAGACUAUUGGGCAGUGGUGUAAUGUACGUCAGAGAAAGCACAAAAGUAACUUUAGUACAGUCAUGCUGAGAUAGCUGCAAUGCUUUAAAAUGAGAUGUCAACCCUUAGGAUAAGUAUUUGACAUCAAAACAGUAAUUGCUAUGUCUUUGGUUUUGAUGGAACAUGAUCAAGAAAUAACACAUGGGUUUUAUCUACAUAUUAUUUUAGACAGUGUAUAAUCAGCGACCCAACAUUGUCUUUGAGCUUACAAAGCUCCAUAGUCUUGUCUUCAAUCAUUUCAUCCUAAAACGAAGAGCUUUCUGCCUCUACCCUCUUUUGUUUGCUGUGUGUGCAAGGUAUGCGUGUAUGUUGUUUUCUUAAAAAAAGAAAAAAACCCAGGGUACUGGUAUUUUCUAAACCAUGAUGUGAAAUCAAUAUUCUUGUGGCCACAUAGCACAAAACAAAUUUAGAUUCUAUGACUAACAUUUUAGUAAAACUUUACUAAACAUAAUGCCUGUGAAAUACGUUGCUGUUUGGCGAUUGCCAUUUGAUCACUAUAUGUGAGAAGUUUUAUAAAUCCCACAGGAUUCUUGCUUUAUCAGAAAGCUGAUUUCCAAUUUUAAAUGUGGGCAAAAAAAAUUGUCUGCACAAGUCUUAAACCAGUUUUUAAUGCCUUAGCAGAAUUCAUUAGACUAUCUGACUCAUAAAAAUGAUUUCUAGAAAAUUCUUGACAUCGAGUCAGCUUUUUAUGGUUUUGUUUCGUUCUAUCACAGAUUAGGAAUACUUUUCUUUAAAAAACGAUCCCUCAUAAUAAAGCAGCAGAACAUCCAUGUGUAGGAACCAUGCGGGACAGCAGAUGUCUACCUAGAUGAAACAGUGUUAAUGUGGACGCAGCAACUGAACAGCCUUCCAGGCAGCCUGGCUCUGUCUCCCCACACUUGUGACCUUUCUACCACAUGGGCAUUUUUUUUUCAUGUGAAGCAGCAAUUACUUUUUCCUGUCCUCGAUUCAUUUUCUAAAGUUGAAACAUAGUCUUUUUUUACUUCUAAGCUAUGCAGUAAUUGAGAUGUUCUGUUGCUAGUAUGUACCAUUUCUGUUUCUCACAUUUUUGCCCUGUGCAGUCACCUAACCCUUCCACCACAAUAAAUCAGGUGAAACAUGCACAGCAUCUGUAUUUUGAGUAGCUCUGUUUGGUUGAAUUUGCCAGGCACAAAUUUAGUUUUGUCAAUUUGUUUAUACAUUGGAAAAAAUUGUUUUAACUGUUUAAUGUAACUGUACUUGUUUUACCAAGCUGGAAACUUGGGACUUUUUAAUUCUAGUUAUUAUUACUUGAAUAUCAGAUUAUUUUUUCAUGUGAAGUAUGUAAUGUCUCAUGACUGGAGUUUGCUUUGUUAUGUAGUAUCUGUACUCCUGUAUUUUCAAGCACUAUUUUGAAAACAGAUAAUGUAUUUCUCCAUUACAAACACAAUAAAAAAAUAAAUGACAAAUG